AGUAUUUCUUUUACAAAUGAGAAGUUUUCCUCGUUAUUGCUAUCAUUGUUGAUGUUCCAAGCACAUGGAUUGUUCGAUUUUCAUUGAGCAACAGGUUCAGAUAGACGCGACUUGUGCCCAGAUACACCAUUGUUGCACCUGCUUAUAGCCCAUCAUGACGGAUUCUAUGAAAUUUGGUCCAGAAUGGUUGCGCAAUCUGUCUGCAGACAGUUGUAAUAAUGGUGGAGGUGGUGGAGGUACUACAAGUUUGACUACUCCACGUUACCAAUUAGCGGAACAUAGAUACGGAAGAGAAGAGAUGCUAAUUUUAUUCGAUCGUAAUUGUAAGCCACCAGAAUCAUUGACAAAUUUCUCAACAUUAUAUAUCGAGAAAACUCAACUUCCUUUGGCUCUUAUACAAAUGACAGAAGAUGAAACGCGAAUGUGGAACGGAGGAAUAACCAAUGUCGGUGGUCAAGGAAGGGGUGGAAGCGUGGAUCGGGGAGGGCGUGGAAAGAGUGGUAGGGGAAGCUUGUAUUCGUCCCAUUACUCUCGAGGAGUUGGUUUCGAUGAUUCAGGAGAUGGUAGAAGAAUUGAUAGCAUGCCAUUUCCAGGAAGAAACCGCCCGUUUGAUAGAUCUCAAAGCGAACGUGGGUGGUCGGAAAGAAAUGGGGCCUCAGAUCCGGGCGAAUGGAACGGUUCUACUAGUCCUAGAAAGGAAUUGAGUCGUGGGCCUUGUGGUAGUUCCGUUGUAGAAGGUAAUUGGCGGCGUCAUCGUGGCGCUGGUACAGAAGACGACGACGGCUGGCGUAAAUGGGUUAAAUUGUCGUUAUCAGGUAGAAGCAGUUGGCGCGAAGGAGGAAGCAUGGAUAGGGAUAGAUUAGAUCGAAACGAAGGAGACGGAGAGGAAGGUGUAGCCAAAAGUGGGAGAUUCGAGCACCGUGUGAAUCACAGACACUCGCACGACCUAAGUCAUCAUCCACCAGCCCGUAUAGGUCGUACCUGGGAAUCGAAUCAUCAUGAUAUUAAUCAUGAUAACCUUCCUGAAUGGGCCACUGAAAAUCCCAGUGAAAGUGGAGGCAGUUUUGAUGCUUCCGGAGCGUUCCACGGUGGGAUAUAUUCGGACGAUGACGAGGACGGAGUGAUCAGUGCGGGUGGUACUCAAGAAUCAAGGACUCGACGUGUAUCCGAGGGGAGUGCUGGUAGUACAACGAAACCUAGUGGAAAGCAUUUACCUUACAGCUCAACCCAGGGGCAGCCCCUGAACCGCGGUCCACCGAGCAGUACAAUUAGUACCCAUACAAUCAAUAAAGAAAGACAGAAGUCUUUGCAUCCGCUUGACACCAAAGAUAAGGUCAUCGAGAAGGAGAGGAGAAGUAAUUCUCCGCCGUCGAUGAAACCACCAAUUACACCGACGGACAACGCAGUCGCGAAGACAUCGGCGUCGGUGUCGGUGCCAACGUCUGCUUCGGCAUCAGCGUCGGUGUCGGUAUCGGCGUUGUCGUCCGAAAGCGUUCAGAAAAGAAGCAGCACGGCCGCCACAGUCGUGUCUAAGUCCACGGGAGAGACCGAGAUCGGGAAGUCGACGUCUGUCGAUUGUUCGGGGAACGUUAUAUCUCCAAGUAAAACGCAUAGUAGGGAGGAGAUUCUUCAGACAGAAGUAAAGCUGGAUCAUCCGAUUUCAGUUGCAAAAAGACAACAGAUGCCGUUGCAAAUAGAGUCUCAGAAGAGCAUCGUCGUGCAAGGCACAGGAACGGAGGAGACCCGGCAGAAAGGUGACGAUGACUUGGACAGAAUGAAGGAAGAGGCGGAUGCGUUAGUAGCAAAAUUAAUGGCGGACGAAGAGAGUCAUAGAGAGAAAACUACUGCCAGUGUACCGCCGUCUAUUGGUAACCAACCUUCUACAGUUCCAUCAACGAAUGGACAGGAGAAAUGGUUUUACCGUGAUCCACAGGGUGAAGUUCAGGGUCCGUUCUUAGCAAGCGAAAUGGCGGAAUGGUGUAAAUCCGGUUACUUCACCGCUGGAUUGAUGGUACGGAGAACCUGUGAUGAGCGGUACACGACUUUAGGGGAGUUAAUAAAGAUAUGUGGUAGAGUUCCAUUUACCCCAGGACCUCCUAUUCCUCCCUUGAAGUUAACGGAUCAGGGAAUACCUGCAGUUUCGAACAAGGUACCUGCCGGUUUACCUACAUUACCAAAGACUGGUAUAGAAGACCCGCUUCUUCUACUUCAAUACCAGCACAUGCGGCUACUGCAAAAUCAGCAGCUGCUGCUCAGGCAGAUGCGAACCUCCGCCAUAGCGAAACUUUCUCAGUCCGAGCAUUGGGCCACCUUGAGUCCCGUCGAACAGAAUCAAUUGAUUUAUCAGUAUGUUAUUCAAGACUCGGAGAUAUCAGAAGUACCGGCGAUCUCCACACCUCCGUUCGUACCUCAUUUGCCGUCUCAGUCUUCGAAUCCGGUCAUGCAACUUUUCUCACAGAUGCAGCAGGCGAAACUUCAACCAGACGCUACACACCUAACGUCGAAUCCCCAUUCUACCACAGCAGCUCAUCCUCCCACUGUAGAUCCUAUACAACAGCUCAUACAACAGAUGGGUGGAAUUCAAAAUAUACCGGGGAUGCAGCAAACGAAUAUAAAUUCCACGCCACCACCCGCGGCGCAACAAGACAAUCCUAUAAAAUCGUUGUUACGUCAGUUGAAUGUUAAUGCGAACGGUCAUCCGCAGACAUCGCACAUGGAUACCGUUUGGCCGCAGCCUCCGCCACAAAUCACUCCACAAUUUAAUGCACAGAAUUGGUUAGCACAGGUCGGACCGAUACCCGCAGUACCGCCUGGACAGAUGCCUACUUCUUUGUGGGAUCUGCAUACGAAAGAAAUAAAGACUGAGCAGCAAAUAUUGGAAGAACAGAACCUUAGGCUACAGGAAGAUAGAAAGAAAGAAGAGCUUAGAAAGCAAGAGGAAUUACAGCGACAAGCCGAGGAAGAAGUCGAGAAAAAGAAGAAGGAGGAACAGGUCAGGCAAGUGGAGGAAGCGAAACGGAAAGAUGAGGAGAGAAAGCGAAAGGAAGAGGAAAAAAAGAGAAAAGACGAAGAGAAGCGCAAGCAAGAGGAAGAGCGUAAGAAAAAGGAAGAGAAGAAACGGAAGGAAGAAGAGAAAAAGCGAGAAGAAAAGAAACGCAAGGAGGAGGAGAAGAAGCGAGAAGAGAAGAGGAAGCAAGAGGAACAGAACUUGAAGAAAAAGCAAGAAGAGGAAAAGAGAAAGAAAGAGGAAAUGAAGAAACAAGAAGAGAAGCAGAAAAAGGAAGAUGAGAAGAGAAAGAAGUUGGAAGAAGAACAACGAAAGCAGGAAGAAGAGAGAAUGCGGAAAGAAGCAGAUGCGCGCAAACAGGCGGAGGCAGAAGAGCAGGCCCGACGAGCGGAGCAAAGACGACGGGAAGCGGAAGCACUUCGAAAGCUACAAGAAAGAAGUAAAGCACCCUGGGCUCAGGCACCUCGUGCUCCACCUCCUCCCACACCUAUCAACUCGUUUGCCGAAAUCCAAAGACUCGAGCGGGAGAAGAAAGCUGAGGAGCAACGGUUACAACAAAUGAUGCAGCAGCAGCUAGCACAGCAGAAGGCCAUGGAAGCGGCUCAGGAGACAUCGGUUGCCGAUUCAUCGAAACGAUUGCAGUUCAAAUGGGCGGAGAAGGCUACAUCGUCGACGAAACCGUUGCAGGUCAAGAGCCUCGCACAGAUCCAACAAGAAGAGCAGGAGCGCAUCGCCAAGGUAAAGCAGCAAGAAAGGGAGCGUCAAGAGAAGGCUGGGCAAAAAGAGUCGACGAACUUGCUGCAAAAUGCUGGGAUAUGGGGCACUGCUUCGCAGUGUUUGAACUGGGCGAAUUCUAGCGCAUCCAGCAGCAGUCAAGCAUGGUCGAACAAUACUGGUGGUACCAGCGGUUUCUGGGAAGAUCCGACACCAACCAAAGCCACCACCACGGCCGUCAAGCAACCGCCGAAGCAAUCUGCUACAAUCAAAUCGCCUUGUAAUAACCAGACGCUGCAAACUAACAAGGUGAAUAAGAGUAAAAAUAAGAGAGAAGAGGAAUUAGUGAAGAAACUGUUUGAACAGAACACUGCCAAGGUAGAUGAUUUCACACAGUGGUGCAACAAGGCACUGAGCGGUUUACAGGUGUCCGUGGACAUACCCACGUUCGUCGGAUUUCUGCGAGACAUCGAGUCCGCGUAUGAGGUUAAGGAAUAUGUUCGGGACUACCUAGGUGAUAAUAAACAGAGCUCGGAGUUCGCCAAGCAAUUCCUAGAUAAGCGCAGUAAAUGGCGGUCGGCUCAGCGACCGCAAGCACAGGCGGACGAUCUCUGCAAACCUGCACCUGCCGUUAAUCCAAAUGCGCCCACAGAAUUUCAAGAGGUGAAGGGAAAAUCGAAAAAACCGAAGAAGGGAAAAAUGUACAAAGUUGAUAGUAGGAUUCUUGGGUUCAGCGUGACCGCAGCGCCUGAUCGUAUUAACGUCGGUGAUCGUGAUUACGGUGAAGGUGUGUGAAUCACUUCCGGAACCGUUUACCGAUCCCUCACACCCACGGAUAUUCGCGACGCUUGGCCCGUUACAAGUUACAAGUAUGGUUCGUUAUUUAUUUAUUGUAGAUGCCAAAUGACAGUUCUGAGGAACCCGUUACGAGUACUUCAUUAAAACAAACAAACAAAAAGCAAUACCGACUACACAUACGUAUAUACAUAAUAUAUAUUUAAGAUUUCUUUUUCUAUGGUUAAUGCAAGAAUAAUCUUCGGUCCCCCACAUUUGUAUCCUUUCACUCUGUGGGUUAAUGGGAGCUUUAGCCAUACACACGCGCGCGCGCGCGUACACAUACACACAUACACACACACAACGUUUCUCGCAGUAUGGCAUUAUUUCCUUCAUAAGAAUCACCGAACUGAUCGACUAAAUACUCGAAACGAGGAAAGGAAAGUGAACUUCAAAUUGUACAUAUAAUCCACACUACUCCGAGAAACAAAUAUCGAAAAGACGGGCGACAUCCACUGAUAGAGAGAAUGCACGCAACCAUUAUUUCCGGAACGUUCUGUCGUUAUUGCGAACAAGAAGGAUCUAUGUCGAUUGAUUAGAACUCGUGUACACGUGGAGAACCGUAAUAGUUAAGGAAGCAAUAACGUGUACUCACGAAACCAAAAAGAUUUGAACUGGGACGGAAUGGAAACCGAGACGUAGAGCGGCAAGGAGGAAAAAAUAAAUCUGUCGUGCGUGGUAGCUCGAUCAGAUAUACGAUGUUGAUUCAUAAAAUGUGCACUGAUCGUUGGAAUUAUCAGGAACUAUCGCAUCGAGUGUCAAUAUGUAUAUGAAUCCUAUGGAUUUCUUGCUUUAUCGUGGCGUCAUCAUAAUCUCAACGAGCUCUUUACCCUAGGAUCAUACUUAUCCGUUACGUGUUUCAAUGAGUAAAUCUCGAACACUUUGUUUUUAAAGUUUCCGUUGAAAGUUCUAUUAUCUUGGACACAAAAAGGGAUUCAGAAAAGGGGAGAUAGUAAGAAAAAAGUGUGGAAAAGAAUAGAUUUUCAUUGAAUGACUGUAAACGACAAUUUUAUUUAAAUAUCAGAACGGAUUGAACGAUUAUACCUAUAUAUGGAAGCGAUAUUGUGAGGGCAACGACAACUCCUCUAAUACUUUCUUAACGCUUUUGGAUACACUGACACGAAGGAAAAAUUACAAAAAAAAAGCAUUCGUAUUAACGAUAUUACUUGCAUGUGUACGAUUUAUAGAGAAACCAGAAAAAGUUAUUGGAAAAGCGUGGUCAAAUGUGAACGACGAAUGGACUCAUCUUCCCCGAUCAAUAAGUGUUAAGGGACACUUCCGGUUCGAUUGCUGCAUGUGUCUACGUGUGGAUCUCACUUUCAACGGCAUAUCUCUAUUUUCCUUGAUCAACAUUGGGGCGGUCGAUCGGAGAGCAAGCAGUAUCUCGUUUCCUUGAUUUUAAAGUUCUAUUCAUAAGCGUAUUGUUACGCGAGAUCUCACUCGAUGUCGCGAAGGAAGGAAUUUCUAGCAUGAUAUAUGUCUACGAAUAUCCAGAGACCCACGCUGAUCUUUUCUUUUCUCUCUAAUUUGGCUUCCUUUUUAAUCGGAAACAAAACCAUCAGGAACUGAAGAAAAUUGGCAGGAAUACUCUGUUCUUGUAUGCUAAGCGGGACGAAUGUUAUCGACUGAUCGAACCGCUCUUAAUAUUUAUAAUGGUUGUUGAUUAAGGUUCCUUGAUCUUCUCUUAGCACGUGAUAAGAACGACGGCUGUAUCAUUUAGGAGAAGACCAUAGACCCUUGAGUGAAAGAUUUAUGUAUAAAUAGAUAAAUGUACAGUAAUACAAUGAUAAUUAAUUAGGCAGAAAACAGGAAACAAAUCAUUGAUAUUGUAUUAUUAUUAAUAUUAUUAUUAUUAUUGUAUCUAACGUACAACUUAAUAAAAAUAAAUAUUAUUAUAUUUUCAACGUAGCCUUUUCAUUUGUUUUUUCUUUUCUUCGAUUAUUAAACUUUGAUCAUCUCUAAAUCGUGAUAUUAAAUGAGAGUAAAAGAAACAAAUUUGCACUUAGCUGCUUAAGCUGAAUCUAUAAACUCUGUAUAUGUGAAUAUCUUUGUGAACAAUUAUUGAGACGAAUUGUGAAUAACAACAGUCACACAUCCGUACACGUACACUGGUGCACACAGAAAACACACACGAUGGAUUUGUGUCACGGUAUUUCCGGUGCAUUAAGUUUAAAAUACUAUAAUGUAGAUUAUGUUAUAUAAAUAAACGAGCAGACAUGUCAUGAACUGUGAAUGCGAGCGAUUCCUACACGUAAUAUAUAGGUAUUUUUUAAUGUCCAACAAUGCAAUAUAUUUUACACGUGAACGAGCAUUGUGUGAGUCUACUAUAACUGUGAAUUGUUAACGAAUAUUAUACGGACACAUGCAUACGAUGUUACAACUAUCAUAAUAAAAAGGAUUUCAUUAAAAAUA